CCACAGAGCCCAUAUCAUGGAGGUCACGCCAAAGAGCAUCUUGAUCACGCUGACGCUUUGCAUCAUCGUUAUGGUUACCAUCGUCGGCAACUGUCUGGUGCUCCUUGCGUUUGGCUUGGAUUCCCGGCUCCGGCAGCCAUUUAAUUACUUCAUUGUUAAUUUGGCGGUGACAGAUUUUUUGGUGGCGCUGUUUGCGAUGAGUUUUUAUACGAUAGACACACUUCUCGGGUACUGGCCGUUUGGAGUUAUAGUCUGCGGGUUUUGGAUUUACAUUGACUACGCUAUGACGUUUGCCAGCGUUUUUACAAUCGUCGCUAUAUCUCUAGACCGCUAUUGGUCAGUGACUUGGGCAGUCCAGUACAAAAACACGAACGGCAAAAAGAAAAAUCUGAUCAUUUUAUCCAUCAUUUGGAUCUGCGUGUUCGUCAUAUGGACGCCGCCAUUCAUCGGCGAUCGCUUGAAGCACCAGGAGGUAGACAAGUGUAUCUGGGAGCCGUCCGACAACCGAGAGUUCAUCAUCGUCGUCGAUAUCGUCGGCCAUUACAUCCCGUGUCUGUUGGUAGUCGUGGCUUACAUAAAAGUAUACACCGUGAUGAAGAAGAGGUCCAAAACCGUAUCUCACAACGGCGGCGGCAAGCCAACCACUAUCACCGUGAAAGGUCCACACUUGAUGGUGGAUCCUGGUUUUAGAGAAGGGUCCUCUGUGGGGGCGUCCGUGUCGUUCAUAACGUCUACUAUGGCGCCUGCGUCGCCCUCUGUGACGGCUUCUACCUCGUCCAAUGCCUCAAACAAUACGAAAAAGACGAGGGCCAGCAGCAAGGAACACCGGAUCUUCCGGACUCUCACUUACGUCAUCGUUAGUUACCUCAUCUGCUGGUUUCCGUUUUACGUCGCGUGGGAUAUCUACGCAUGGCUUCCGUCACUUGUUCCGGAUUGGUUGUACACGUUUUUCUUUUGGAUGACGUAUAUCAAUUCAACGUUAAAUCCGGUUCUCUAUGCUUACACUAAUAAAGAUUUUCGGAAAGCGUUUAAAGUUGUAAUGAAAUGCUCUUGCAAGCGCUUAAAUAGAGUCUAAAACCUGAAAGUACAUUUCCACGGUGUAGUGCCAUAUAAACCGGUUGUUGUCAAUCACAUGUUGAUACAAUAUAGAUUACUUAUGUAUUAAAAUCAUUUUGUUAUACUAACAAAAACUAUGAUAUAGAAUUAUAAUUGUGAUUUUUAUGUGUCAUAAAUUUCACUUGUUUUCACAUUAAUUGAUUUGAAUACAUUUGUCAUUUUGAUAAUUAUGUUGUUUUUAUGGCAGUUGAUUUGAUCUUGCAGGACAGCUUCUUUGUUUAAAAAAAAUGUUUAUUGUUAUCUAACUAUUUUUUUAAAAUGAAUAAUCACUACAAUUG